UCAAUAGGUAUCUAGUCGUAAAAUUCCCUCGUGGCAAUCAACUGUAACGCUGCUAAGUGGAUCAAAAGGUUGCAUCAAAGCCGAAUACACAUAAUGAGCCAAAACUCUGGGACGUGAAGGACAUGGGAGUGUUUUAGAGUGAUAAGUAGCCUGUAAUUAACAUGGAAUAUUACAUUGUGAACUUGAAAAGACUUUUGAAUGAUUGACAGCAUUGGGAAGUAUACUACAACUUACCAGUAUUCUCCCCCAAGCUGUCAACAUGAUCAAUACAUUACCAGUGGCAUAUGGGGCAAAAAUAUAAACAUGGAAACUUUAAAGGCAUAUUUGAACAGAAUUAGAUUUCCCAGCGUUUCAUCAUCAACAUCUGUUGCAGCCAAAGGGACAAAAAAGGAGAAAUUAUGUAGGAAAGGAAGCUUACAACAUCAUGGGUCGUCAAAAGCGUUGAAAAAAAAUAAAUAUCAAAAUCAUGAUCCCCUAUCAUCUAGGGACUCUAAUGGAUUUACAUCUAUACAUGGAAUAAAUAAUAUCGAUUUUAUUGACAAUGAGUAUGAAAUUCCUCAAUGCACAAUGGUGUCAACAUUGAAAUUAGCUCUACAAAAUUCUGUCGGAAAAAAAUCUCCGCCUCCGAUUAAACCGCCAAGGAGGGACAAAAUUUUGGUUAUUGAUCUGGAUGUGAAAAAAGGGGGAGAAUUAGGUAUCUCAAUAGAUGCAGUUGAUUUAUUUUCAGUGGAGAAUUAUUUUUAUGGGGAAAGUCCAACUCGGAAAAGGAUAUACAGUGAUAGAGGUAUAGAUUCUAUGAAUGGAUAUGCUGAUAUCGUAGAAGUUUUACGGAUAGUCAAUAUUAAAGAAGGUGGCAUUGUUCACAAAGAUGGGAGAAUUCAUGUCUAUGAUGAAAUAUUAGAGUUGAAUGGACAGUCUCUUCAGAAAGAAACAGUUGGGAAUGCUAGACUGUUAUUAGCCAAUGCUGUCAAGACAGGUCGUCUUACUAUGACACUACGUAGAAGGAAGAAAAGACCAGCUCCUCCACUACCUACAACCACCACUCCACAAGAAAUGCAUUUCUCAGAAUCUAGAACAGCUUCCUCAGAAAUGUCUAGUCAAAUGAUGACUACCUCAUCUCACAUGUCUCACAUGCACUCUAGUUACUCAAGUCACAUGACACAUAAACAGUCAAAUAUCGGUCAUGUGACAUCUCACAUACACUCAAGUCAAAGUACCUCAAAUCAUACGUCUCAUAUGAUAUCUCAGUAUGGUAACAAUAUAUCUCAAACGAUGUCUCAAGUGUCUAAUCAUGCUUCUCAUACAAAUAUUGGUUUAAUGAAUGGGUCAUAUCAUCAGAAUGCAUCUAUUAAUCAGGUCAAAGUUGAAGAGGAUCAUUUGUAUGAACCUGUUGAAAUCACCAAUGGUGUAUAUAGACAGAAAAAAUUAAGUCAAUCUCUAAAUAGUUUUUUGAAUGUUGAGUCCGAAAAUAAUAAUAAUAAUGAUGGAAGUUCUUGCACAUUGAAUUCAUUGAUGUAUAAUUCUGAAUAUAGUUCCAAUGACGAUGUGUUUGCAGAUGCCUCGUCAAACCGUCAAUGUGACAAUGACCCGCCUUAUACUGUAACUGUCAUAAAAGCUGUGACAGACAAAAAGAAGCCCUCUUAUGUUAAUUUGGAUAUUGAUAAACAACGGACUUUAAGUGCUUCAGCCAUUGAAGAUGAUCUUCAGUGGAAUUCUGUGCCUAUUGAUUUUCCUAAGGAAGAUGAUAGUUACAUCACCACGGCAGAAAUAGCUAGAAGGAAACAUGACCGAGGCCUCAAACAGAUGAAUUUGAAUAAGACAUUAAAUUCAGAUAGCAGUAUUCAUAAAUCUGACCCAGAUAUUGUAAAUAACCAAAGAAAACAUUUCAGAAAGAAUAGAAAAAGUCCAAGAUAUACAGCAAAUAGGGACUGCAGUGACUUAUCAUCUAGUACCGGUAGUUCAUCAUCAGCUAAAAUAGCCAACCAAAGGAAAAAGAGAGUUGUGACAAAAAUGCAUCUGAUUAAAGAUGAAACAGGAUUAGGAAUACAUAUUGCUGGAGGAAAAGGGUCGAGGAAGGGAGAUUUAGGAAUAUUUGUAGCAGAGGUUACAACAGGUGGAGCUGCUGAUAGAGAUGGAAGACUUAAACGUGGAGAUGAAUUGUUGAUGAUAAAUGGGAAAAGCUUGAUUGGUUUAACACACCAGGAGGCUGUAGAAGUAAUGAGACAGGCCCCUAAACUAGUGCAGAUUGUUGUAGCUUCCAAAAUCAAAAGAAGCGGCACCUUACCGUCCAUGUCCAGUGGCUCACAAAGCAUAGAAGAUUGCAAACCUGCCACCAGAAGUGCUGAUAUGACUCAACAAAUCCCAGAUCUGACAGCAGAAACUCCACAUGGUACAGUCAUGAAGUGGGAAGAAUUAUUCGAGGAAAUCUUCGCAGACGAAAGUCUUGUAGGCAGUGUUGUUAGUAAAAUAGAGGAUUUAAAAUUCUCUAGACCAUCUGACCAAUCUGAGGACAAUUUAACGGAGAGUGCUAUCAGAGAGCAGACACUGAAGGCAAAAACUUACGACCCACCACAAACCAUCACAAUUAACAAAGGGGCCAGAGGAAAAGGUCUGGGAUUUACUAUUGUUGGCGGGAGUGACUCAGAGAAAGGAAAUCUAGGGAUAUAUGUCAGGAGAAUAUUACCAAGAGGUCUCAUAGCAGAAGAUGGCAAUAUGAAAGAGGGUGAUGAAAUUUUGGAAGUGAAUGGUUUCAAAGUAACAGGUUUAACACACAAAGAAGCACUAGCUAAAUUCAGAAGGUUACAACGGGGUCCUGUGUCCUUUACAUUCCGAAGACGAGUCAGGUCUAGGUCAAACAGCCCCUUCAAUACGGGAGGACGAGUAAUAUCUGGUGGUGAGUUUUCUUCUGAUGGAAGUCCAGUUUCAACACCAGGCCAUUCACCAUAUAGUAGUUGUACAAAUUUAGCAAACAUCGAGGACGAAUUUGCUGGAUUCUACGAUGACGUUGAAGGGAAGAGUCAGUGUAAUAAACUUGAUUUCAGUGAUUUUCUUACGAACACAAAUGUGAUAUUUUCAAUGGACAGUGAUACGGACAAGGCAGAUAGUACCGAUCAUUUGGAUUCUAAAAAUAGAACCGAUCAUUUGGAUUCUAAAAAUAGUACCCAUCAUUUGGAUUCUAAAAAUAGUACCCAUUCUAAAAAUGAUAUUCAUAUUAGACCACACACAGUAAAGGAGAGAGUAAAACGAUUACCAGUAGAUAUUGUCAAAGAUGAAGAUCAAAGACCUAAUUCUGUACUCAAUCCAACUGUUAAAUGUCAAAUUCUACUGCAGAAAGAACAAGGAAUAGGAUUAGGAAUUUUACUAAUGAGAAGAGACCAUAACGGAACCAGUCAUAUCUACAUACAGGAUGUCAAGUCUGGUUCCCCUGCUGAUAAAGACGGAAGACUCAAAAAAGAAGACAUGAUAUUGGAAGUGAAUGGUAGAUCGUUACAGAACUUAUCCUUAUUAGAUGCUCACCAAAUAUUUCGUGGUUUACAACCAGGCAAUGUUACAUUGGUUAUUAAAAGGAAACAAAAACAUAAGACUGUUGUGAUAAAUAUCCCACAAGCCAAACCAGUUGUUAGAUAUAAACCAGCUAAAAACAACGAUGAAGGUACGCCAUUUGAUUCUGAUAACCCAGGAUACAUUUAAUACUGUAGAGUGCUUUGGCAUAGAUCUGUUUUAUUACUUUCUGGACCAGGAAAAGAGGGAACAAUUUCUGUGCCUACUCUUUGUUAUGGAUUUUUUAAUACAUAGAGCUUUUGAUCAAUGAAGCAUUAGUGAACUGUUUCAAACUGCAUGUUAUUUAUUCAUUAAUUAUAUGUCUCAAUUAAUUUGUUUUUGUUUUUGUUGGCUAAAGUCUUGUGAAGUUCAGUAGAACUGUACAUGUUAUUUACAUAUUUGAUUUAUUCAGAUUUUCUAUUGUAGCAUUUAUUUAGUGCUGCAAAUUUAUGUAUUCGUUGAAGCCUUGUCACGACAGUAUACUGAUUUAUUCAGAUUUUCUAUUGUAGCAUUUAUUUAGUUCUACAAAUUUCUGUAUUCGUUGCCAUGACAGUAAGUCAAUCAGUAUUACAGUUUUGUUUAUUUAGUUUGUUUAUUGUUUUACUUAAUUUUGGCGCUCAUGUUUUAGUGCCAAAAAGCUUUGCCAUCAUUUGAUUUCUACCUGUCUUUUUUCAUUCAUCAUUUAUAUUUCAAUUUUUGUUCCUGCCUCACAAAAAUAAGACCUACCAUAGGCGUUUCUGCAGAACUGAAAGUUUACAAGAUAUUAACAAGUGCUUGUGAUAUUAUGGUGUAGGUUUUUUUAAUUACAGUCAAAUCAAUGUUACAUAUAUAGUUUUCCUUCCAGUUUAAACUUAAACUUUUUUGCCAUUAAUCUAUUGCAGGUUCAUUCAGGAUACAUUUUCUAUUGAUGUAAACAAAUUUCAUGGAAAAUUUUGCAAAGUUAAAACAAUUUUCACUUUACUAGUACAUAUUGUUAAUGGUUCUUGGUGCAGACAAUUUCUCAGUUUAGAAAUUCAAUAGAUAAACUAGCACACUUCAAAACUGAAUGUUCUUCUGUUUGAAGUAAAGACAAUUUUUUGGAUUGAAAACACUAUCGUAAAUUAGGACAGAAAGGUGUACUCUAUAGGAUAUAUUUGUACAUUUUUUUUGUAAAUCAUAUUGAGAACGCUCUUGAAAAUUAUACACACGACUCUAUCAUGUUUAAAUGAUUAUGAAAUUAGAAAAAAAUAGUAAUUUUAAAAUAGACCAAAUUGAAAAAAGCCUUUACUUGUGAUGUAAUUGUUAUAACUUUUGUGACAAGACGACUUAUGAAGUUAUAUUUUUUAACUGGGUUUUCUGGAGGGGUAGUCCAACUAUUAAUUUGAGUACUUCUACAGGUGGAUAGGCAGCUCCAAACUUUUUCCAUGUGAUAGCUUAAGAACUCUUAAACAAAUCCUUUUCAUUUUUUUGUCGAGCCUGCGACUUUUGUCGCAGAAAGCUCGACAUAGGGAUAGCGAUCCGGCGGCGGCGGCGGCGGCGGCGGCGUUAGCUAACUUCUUAAAAGCUUUAUAUUUUAGAAGAUGGAAGACCUGGAUGCUUCAUACUUUGUAUAUGGAUGCCUCAUGUUACGGUUUCAGUCAGUCACAUGUCCAAUGUCCUUGACCUCAUUUUCAUGGUUCAGUGACUACUUGAAAAAAAAGUUCAGAUUUUUUGUAAUGUUAAAUUCUCUCUUAUUAUAAGUAAUAGGAUAACUAUAUUUGGUAUGUGCGUACCUUGCAAGGUCCUCAUGCCCGUCAGACAGUUUUCACUUGACCUCGACCUCAUUUCAUGGAUCAGUGAACAAGGUUAAGUUUCCGUGGUCAAGUCCAUAUCUCAGAUACUAUAAGCAAUAGGUCUAGUAUAUUCGGUGUAUGGAAGGACUGUAAGGUGUACAUGUCCAACUGGCAGGUGUCAUCUGACCUUGACCUCAUUUUCAUGGUUCAGUGGUUAUAGUUAAGUUUUUGUGUUUUGGUCUGUUUUUCUUAUACUGUAUGCAAUAGGUCUACUAUAUUUGGUGUAUGGAAUGAUUGUAAGGUGUACAUGUCUAGCUGGCAGGUGUCAUCUGACCUUGACCUCAUUUUCAUGGUUCAGUGGUCAAAGUUAAGUUUUUGAGUUUUGGUCUUUUUUUCUAAUACUAUAUGCAAUAGUUCAACUAUAUUUGGUGUAUGGAAAUAUUUUAUGAUCUAUAUGUCAGUCACGCAGGUUUUAUUUGAC